AUGAAAACAAUAAUCAUAGUGGUAUUCUUAAUUGCUUUUUGCUUAGGUUAAAGGCUUGAUAUUAACUCUGAUAGCUGCCGUAAAUAUUUACAAAAAUUUGGAGCAGCUGAUGUUCCUGAUGGAUAUGGGGCAACAAAAUUGUCUUCAUCAGGAGAUGUUAAAUUUGUUACUGGAUCCAAUGAUGUUUAGGUGAACCUUAGAUAUUCUGAUUUUGAUCUCUUCUAUGAUACAACAUAUUUUGGUCUUGUUUAAGAAGAUGGAAAACCAGCUUCUGACACAUGUCUUGACCUCAAGCUAUGGAAAUUCACUUCAAAUUCCUAUUCAGAUCCAAUUUAAGUUACAGAUAUACCUAUAAUUGCAUCGAACAACUUCACAAAGCGAUGGAGAUAUUAUACAUUCAUAAUUCCAGGAAAGGAGUUAGGAACUAGAUUAGUCCAAACAUCAAAUUCUAAUCAAUUCAUUUAUAAGGGCUUUUAUGCUAUUGCUUAUUAUGUUACAGGAACUGAUGAUGUUUAAUACACUUUCUUUUUUGAAUUCUCUGUCAUUGUUGAUAGAGCAACUGGUACUUCAGUUGAUACAGUAUUCAAGCCAUUAACUUAAACAGCCACAAUAGAUUGUCUCCCUAAUCAAAUUUGCUAAAUAAAAACCGAUUCAAUCAUAAAAUGGUGUACAGAUUUAGCAUGUGAUGAAUAUGCAACACCAGACCUCCAUUUUUAUGACAAUUUUGUUCUCCAGUAAGUUGUUACAACUGCAGGUAUGAACUUCUAUUUGACCCAAACUGAAGUAUGGUAUACUGGGGAUGGAAUUUUGAAGAAAGCUAAAAUAAUUGUAGUUGAUAAUUCCGUUAAAGGUCAAGUAAUUAUCUAAUUAAGGGCUGAAAUUGUUUGGAGCUCAGUCAAAUUUAAAGUUAGCUCUACUUUAUCAACAACCUAAGCUGGAGCAAGAAGACUUUGGACUGAUUAAACUUUUUAUGAUGAUGUUAUUGGUUAUACAGAAGAAAUAGAAUGCAUUAAGGCAGAAGGAGCAAAAGAAUGUCCUGACUGUGAACAAUAAUGUGAUGCCCAAGGUUAUGCUAAUUAUGAUUGCUCGGCAUGCUUAUCUUCAAUAAUCAUCGCAUUUAUUUUUGUGCUUUUAAUAGUCGCUUGA